AUGUCCCGAGGAGUGUACCCACGCGUGAACUGUUUGGGCUGCGUCUGGACGUUGACGUUUGCUGUGUUUUCUCUGAUUGUGACCGACUCGGAGGCGUACAGCUGUCAUGAAGUGAGGACGGCUUUCCAGACGCGGCAGGUCGGGCCGCCUCAGCGCGUACCGGAGACACCUGGCACAGAUGUGGAUCUGCUGGUUUGUAAGCACCCAGGUCCAUCCUGCUGCACCCGGAAGAUGGAGGAGAGCUACCAGUUUGCUGUAAAACGAGAAACUCUCCACAAUAUUCAUUCCUACAGUGGCCAGCUGGAGCACCUCAUCUCUAAGCAUUCAGAGGCCUUUCAGUGUAAGUUCUCUGUGUGUGAAACUUAA